GGAAGCUCUUCUUCUGCAACUGCAGAGUUUCGAACCCUAGACUUCCUUUUUUUCCUUCCUCGUCUCCCCCUUCUGCUUCCCGCCAACACAGAGCUUCUGGGCAAAGUCCCCGGCUUUCCGCUCCUCGGCUUCAUGCGCCUCCCAUGGAUUCCGUGGCAUCCUCCGCGCUCGAAGAGAUCUGCGCCCAAGGCUCCACCGGCCUCACCCUUUCGUCCCUCUGGCCCAAGCUAGCUCCUCAGCUCUCCUCCGCCGGCCUCGGCCUCUCGCUGGGCGUCAAGAGCUCCGUGUGGGCGAACCUCCUCAAAAUCCCCGGGCUUGAGUUCCACGCUCGCAAUGCGGCUCUUGCCCCGACUGAUCCUUCGAUUCAGUGCGUUGAGGACGCGGAGAAGAUGAAGCUGAAGAUUGUGGCUAGGGAGAGCUUGAGGGAUAACUUCGUCGGGCUCUAUGAUGCUCAAUCCGCCUCCGCAAACAUCUCUUCGCGUCAACGACAGACCCUCGAGCGUCUUGCUGCUGCUCGGGAGAAUGGUGUAACACAAAGUCAGCUGGGCAAGGAAUUUAACAUGGAAGGGAAGUACAUAUUUUAUAUUCUAAAGAACCUAGAAUCUCGGGGACUUAUAAUGAGGCAGUCAGCAGUAUUGAGGACUAAAGAGGCUUUCAGUGAAGGGGAGUCGAGGAAUGGUCCAUGCGUGACCACAAAUGUUGUAUACUUGCAUCGAUAUGCAAAGCACUUGGGCUUGCAGCAGAAAAUUGAAAUUACUAAGGAAGGGCGAGCUGGGAGUUCCAGAAAUGCCAGUGAGGCUCUUGCUAUUGGAGGAUGUCCAACUGAAGAUCUUACUAAGGACAUGAUCGUGAAGGAUUACUUACCAGCAAUGCAAGCUGUUUGUGAUAAACUUGAAUCGGCGGAAGGCAAGGUCUGCCAGGUUCUUGUUGUCUCAGAUAUCAAGCGUGAUCUUGGCUAUGCAGGAGCUCCUGCAGGCCACAAGGCUUGGAGAACUAUUUGUCGCCGAUUGAAGGAUGCUGGUGUAGUGGAGGAACUUGAGGCUAAAGUGAAUGAGAAGGUCCACUCUUGCCUACGUCUGCUGAAGAAGUUUCCAGUUGAGACAAAUGAGCCAAACCUAUUUUCAUCUGGAAAUAAUGGUAAGAAUGAAGAGGUGGCGCAAUUUGGGAGGAAACGUCAUAUCAGUGAACAAGUAAUUGAACUUCCACUGGAGCAUCAAGUUUUUGACAUGGUCAUUGCUGAAGGAUCGGUUGGAGUGACCCUUAAGGAGGUAUGUGAGAGACUUGGGCUUGAUAACAAAAGGAACCAUACUCGAGUUUUGAACAUAGUCUCAAGAUUUGGGAUGCAUCUGGCUGCUGAAAAUCAUGGUAAAGGUGUGGCAUAUCGAGUAUGGGCUCCAAAGUCGUUUGGUGGAGAUGCAACUAAUACAUUGCCCUGCAAGUCUAAGAGUGCUUAUAAUGAGAGUCGGGCAUUAAACCUGGAUGGUCAUGGGAGUGAUGCUCCAAAUCUAUUGGAUUGCACUCCUUCAGUUUCCGAGGGCAAGUUGAUCUCUGCUGAAAAAACGGGUGAAAGAGAGAAUGAUGAAGAACUUCAAAAUGCAAUUCUAGAAGAUGGUGAGGCAGAUGAGGCGCUCAACAGACAAGAGGUUCUCCCCAAGCCGGGAGUUUCUGGUGUUGGUUUAGAUCUUGCCUUGGUGGUUCCAUCAGAUGAAAAUAGUGUAACUCUAUAUGAAACUCCUGCUUCCCAAAAAUCAUCUAAAUCGGGGUUGUCUCAAAGGUAUCCUUGUCUAUCACAGACAGCUGACGCAACCCAAAGGGAGCAAAGAAUAUUGGGACGGGUUCAGGAGGAGAAAUUCAUUUUAAGAGCGGAGCUUUACAAGUGGCUAGUGAGUCUCGAGAAGGACAAAUGCACAACAAUGGAUAGGAAGACCAUUGAUCGAAUUGUAAACAAGCUUCAGAAACAAGGUCACUGCAAAUGUGUUGAGAUUAGUGUACCAUCCUUUACAAAUUGUAGCCGUAAUCGUAGGACUCAAGUGAUUUUGCACCCAUCGGUUGAACAUUUAUCUCCUCCACUGCUCAGUGAAAUUCAUGAUAGGCUGAGAUCCUUCGAAAUGCAGAGUCGUGGGCAUGGCUCAUCAAAGUCAAAGGACUGUGAAUCUGUCCCCGUGUUAGAAGGUGUCCAAAGGAUUCAGAGUUCUGUGGGUUCUGAUGCAACAUCAAAUACUAAACAUGAAGCUAUGCGUGCUAAUGGAUUUGUGUUGGCAAAAAUGAUCCGAGCAAAGCUGCUGCAUUGCUUUAUUUGGGAUUAUCUUCAUUCUUUGCCUGAUAAUAAUUUGGACAUAUUGUCCAGCGCAAGCAAUCCUCACAGCAGUUACUGGCUGUUUUCUCUGGAAGAAGCUAUUAAAGCAAUUCCAGUCGAGCUAUUUCUCCAGGUUGCAGGGUCUGCUCAGAAAUUUGAUGAUAUGAUGGAAAAGUGCAGGAGUGGUUUGCGAUUGGUGGAUCUUCCUGUAGAGCAGUAUAGGAUUUUGAUGGACACUUUAGCCACAGCUAGACUAUCAUUGGUCAUUGACAUUUUAAGGCGGCUGAAGUUGAUCCGACUUGUGAACAAUGGACAUAGAGAGGAAGGGGUCAAGGUUCCACAUGCCAUUCUUACACAUGCAAUGGAGCUAAAACCUUACAUCGAGGAACCACUGUCAAUGUUGGCACAUUCUUUCAAUUUCAUUUCUCUUGAUCUUCGUCCUCGGGUCAGGCAUGAUUUCAUUUUAUCUAGUAAGGAAGCUGUGGAUGAAUAUUGGCAUACACUCGAGUACUGUUAUGCUACUGCUGACCCCAAAGCUGCUAUACAUGCAUUUCCUGGAUCGACAGUCCAUGAGGUUUUCUAUUUCCGAUCAUGGGCAUCAGCUCGCGUAAUGACAGCUGAGCAACGUGCAGAGCUUCUAAAGCGUGUUGUCAAGGACAGUACCAGUGAAAAACUUUCUUUUAAGGAGUGUGAGAAGAUUGCCAAAGAUCUCAAUCUCACCUUAGAACAGGUUCUACGGGUUUAUCAUGAUAAACGCCAAAAACGUCUCACUCGGUUUCAAGGUACUGUUGCCGAGGAAGGGGGUCAGACACAAACAUCAGCAACUCAACCUGUUUCAGCCACCAGAAAACGUAGGAGCUCAUCGAAAGUGCCAUCAGCAAAUAAUAAUGUUGAUCCAGUGAAUGACCAGUUGAACCAUGAGGAUAUUGUGAGAUUCUCUGAUGGCGCCAAUCGUUUUAGAGGAGAACUUGCUGAGACAGUAGUCUCUCUGGAAGAACAUGAGACAGUCCGUAAUGAUUUCUGUACGGAGGAACCAAGACGCAACAUUGAAAUGAAAGGAUGUUCAAAUGAGAAUACAAAGCCAAUAAGACAGAAGAGGUCCUCAUGGACAGAUGAAGCGGAUAGGCAAAUGGUGAUUCAGUAUGUUAAACACCGUGCAGAGCGAGGAGCAAAAUUUCAACGUGCAGGUUGGUCGUCACUUUCAGACCUUCCUGCGCCGCCAAGUGCUUGUGGCAAAAGAAUAGCAUGUUUAAAGAAAAAUAAAGUCUUCAGGAGAGCUCUGAUGAGGCUCAUUAACGUAGUCAGUAAACGAUAUGUGAGGCACUUGCAGAAAUUACACAACAAGAUCGGAGAUGGUAUCAGACUCCUUGUGCGGAGUUCAUUGACAGGAGAUGGUGAUAGAAGUAUUCCUGUUGAGGCUCAACUUAUUGAAGACGAAGAGCAGUGGGAUGAUUUUAGUUGUCCGAGUGUUAAGCGAGUUCUUGAGGAGGUUCUACGAUGCAAGAGGAUCACUAACUUAGAGGCCUCUAAAGAAAUUCAAUCCGACUCCGAGGAGUUCUCUAAUCUGAAUAAGCGCUCUGGACAUUACGCUUCCCAAGUUCGGCAAUCUGUUUCUUCAGGCAGUCCUCAUGAGGAUAACUGGAAGGAACAAGAUAAAGGAAAUCAACAAGGCUCUCUUUCUAGAUCGAAGCGCCGUCGCCUUCAGAAGAAGUUUACCAGGCUUUUCAACAAAGAAUAUCCAGUCAAUAGACAUAUAUACGAAUCUUUGGCCGUCUCUAAUGCUGUAGAGCUAUUUAAGCUCAUCUUUCUGAACACCUCAUCAGCACCUGGAAUGUCAAAUAUCUUGGCAGAAUCUUUGAGGCAUUAUUCGGAGCAUGAUCUGUUUGCAGCUUUUAGAUACCUCAGGGAGAGGAAGAUCCUGAUUGGGGGCACUGGGAAUAUGCAAUAUGAACUUCCUCUAAAUUUCAUUCAGAACAUGUCAAGAUCCAUGUUUCCUGCCAAUACCGGAAGAAGAAUUUCUCGCUGUUCCAGAUGGCUUCAUGAGAGGGAAAAGGAUCUUAAUGAAGGGGAGAUUGCUCUUGCUGGUGAUUUACAGUGUGGGGAUGUUGUUCAUUUAUUUUCUCUAGUAUCUCAUGGCGAAAUAUCUAUUUUUCCACUCUUACCUGAGGAAGGUGUUGGAGAAGCCGAGGACCCGAGGAACUCCAAACGUCGUAGAGCUGUUGAUGAAUCACCUGACAGUAGUAGGACUAAAAAGUCAAAAUAUGUAGCAGAUGAUGUUUCUGCUCGCAGGGACAAAGGGUUUCCAGGCAUCAUGGUCUGUGCUCGUCGCGAGGCAAUUGAAAGAGCAAAAGUCGUGGAAUUAUCAUCAAGAAACGCAGAGUUUGAUCCUCACGAAGUGAUUUUGGAUCCUCCUCUUAAUGAGUUGGAUACUGGUGUGGAGCAGGGAGAAAGUGAUUCCACUCCCGAUAGGCACAUAAGAGAGAUUCUUAGAUCGCCCGAUCUGUGUAAUAGUACAAUAAAUGCUGUGGAAUCACCUUGGGAUGCUAUGGCAUGUUAUGCAGAGAAAGUAAUGCUGAUGCCUUCUGACCCUGAAUCCCGAAGAUUCUUAUGUCCCGAAGUCUUCAAAAACAUGUAUGGUGCAAUUCAGAGAGCUGGUGACCAAGGUUUGAGCAUGGAAGAAGUCUCACAAAUUGCUCACAAGCCUGGAGAAAAAGCUCUUAAGCUUCUCAUAGAUGUGCUCCAAUCCUUUGGGAGGGUUGUUAAGGUUAAUGCCUUUGAUGCUGUUCGUGUAGUCGAUGCUCUAUAUCGUCCCAAGUACUUCUUGAGCUUGCUCCCUGAUACUUGUCAAGAUCAAGGGCAGCAAUCAUCAAUUGAGUCAAGAGGAGGAAGCAGUGAAGGCCAUUCAAUUCAUGAACCCAAUCACGAUCAUUCUGAUGAUAAAGCCAAGCAGGAUACUCCCGUUGAUACUGAUCAAAUGCAUAAAGUCACCUUGCUUAAUCUUCCCGAGGAGACAGAUGGGACCCUCAGUGAAGUUCAAAACACAAGUGUGUCUGGAAGCUCUUCUUAUCACAACAAUGUGAAUCCCCCAGAAAGCAACAUUGAUCUGGAAAUUAAGAAAUUUUCUUUGAGUGAGUUCUGUGUUCCCAUAGUUCCUUGGAUGAAUGGUGAUGGAACGAUCAACAGAGUUGUCUACAAAGGACUUCUACGGCGAGUCCUCGGUAUCGUGAUGCUGAAUCCUGGAAUAUUAGAGGAUAAUAUAAUCCAACAGUUGGAUGUUCUGAACCCCCAGAGCUGUAGAACAUUGCUGGAGUCCAUGAUACUGGAAAAGCACUUGAUUGUAAGGAAGAUGCGUCAGACUGCGGGCAGUGCGCCACCUUCUAUGCUGCAAUCUGUGCUCAGGAGUGGCUCUAAAGAAUCGAAAUCAAUCUUCCGGGAGCAUUUCUUUGCCAAUUCCAUGAGCGCAUAUCUACUAUAACAAGCGCGGGGACUUUUGCCAAUCCCAUGAAAUCAACCCUAAGCCUGAUGAGCAACUGCACAAGAAACAUGCUGGAGCGCGGCAUUCCAUCGGAUAUUCGGAGAUACUUGAGCUCCAACCUAUUCUGUUUGGAUCGAUGCAAUCUCAGCUAUUCGGUCAAAUUGGAUCCGCGGCCAUUAACAGUCGUCUGGUAAAGUCGAGGGAAAGGAAUGAGGACCGCAUGUGGAUAUCUCUAGGAAUUUGCCAAGUCCAUAAGAUCUUGGGCCAAUUCACGGGGCCCAAAUGAUCUUAUGGGUCCUUUUUAAGCUAUGCUCCGAUUUUUAUGUACCUUGGAACUGUGUGAAGAGCUCGUUUGUUCCAUAAGUUCAAAUUCCUAGAGGAAACAAGGGAACCGAUCUGCCGAUAAAAGAAAUCAAUAGCAUAUCCUAAAGGAUUUCCGGUUUUCAUUUAUAUGGGAUUCUCCUUUCCAAGCUUA